AUGGCAUCCUCCAGCGAUCGGCCUGGACUGCCCGUGGUGCUGGGGCGCACCAAUCCACCAACCAACUCCGUGAAGUCCAACAAGUCCAUCAAGUCCCAGGGCCCUGAAAAGUUCAAUUCAGAGCGGUCGGUGGAGGCUGAGCAGACAGAGCUCCAAGAUAGUGAAGCAACAUGCGGACAAGUCUUUAUUGCAAUGAAUAUAACUCGCGGAAUGCCAUGGUUCAGAAGGGAGAAGGAUCCAGGCUGGUUUGUGGUGGGCAAUCGCAGAGUUGUGGAGAGACUGAAUCGAGAUUGGCUGGAGAAAAAACAUCUCCAGCAGCUGUGUGAGGACAUCACACGCCUGGGCAAACACCAUCAGCUCUUUGAACCGGAACCUUACGUUCUGUGCAAAACGGAAAAGUAUUGUGGUUUCUGUUUAUUUUUGGUCACCGCAGUGUUGAUCAUCAUCACAGUUGCUUGGGGCGCCUUACACAAGCACCAAUCCAAUGGUCUGAUGGUGGCUUGCGGCGUGCUGCUGGCCAUCACCACGAUGUGCUGCUGCUGCAUGAACGUCCGCAGGCGACGCAUGAUGGAUUGGGAGGUGCCAAUUACUGAAAUUAAGAGGUUUGCAACCAUAUGGAGCAAGAAGUAUGGAUUUCACUUGACCUUCGAGCUGCAUUACGAUGGCCCAAGCUAUUUCAUUUUGAAGCCCAAACAACAGGCAUCAACGAAGAGUGGCAAGGAUGAGGAGCAGAUGAAUCAAAUGGUUUAG